GACUUUAAGAAUGGGGUUCCUUGAAACCGUCCAGCUCCAUGUUAGCAUGGCCAAAUUGAUGAACUUCUUCAACGAUACAACUUUUUGAAAUAACUUCUUUUGUUAAAAAAAACCUUUUAAAUCGCUGCUCUUUAACGAAGUUUAUCUGCAAAGCUUCGUUUUAUACAUUUUUUUUUUUAUGUUGCUUCUCAUUUUUAAGCUCAGUAUGCGCGUUUGCAGACAGGGAGUGGCAAAAUAUAAAUACAUCUUUUUGCCAUAAAUCUUUCGAAGUAAGUUCAUUCUGCAGCAUCGUCCUUGCCUUUGAGUGACGGACCCAAUGGACCACUCGCCGUCGAUAAUCACGCAAGUAACCAGAGACGACGAGGAAAAUGCGACUUGUCGUGAGGAAGGUUCCAACGAUGUGUCCCCCUCAAAGAAGCCUCGCAGCAGAGGCCUCCUCCACAGCCUCUUCUGCUGUCUUUGCCACCAAGAAUCAGAACCUCCUCCAGUAAAAAGCAACGCUCCCCUAUUGGUAGAAGAAAAUGGGAGUCUGUCAAAAGUUCCAGCAAAACCGCUGCUCCCACGGGUGAAAUCCAAUGACGCAGGGAAGAUCUGUGUGGUGAUUGAUUUGGAUGAAACACUAGUGCAUAGUUCAUUUAAGCCAGUGAACAACGCUGAUUUUAUCAUUCCAGUGGAAAUUGAUGGAACGGUUCACCAGGUUUACGUGUUAAAGAGACCCCACGUCGACGAAUUCCUCAAGAGGAUGGGCGAAAUGUUCGAGUGCGUUCUGUUCACUGCAAGCUUAUCGAAGUAUGCAGAUCCUGUGUCAGACCUGUUGGACAAAUGGGGGGCCUUCCAGAGUCGCCUCUUCAGGGAGUCGUGUGUUUUCCACAAAGGGAACUACGUCAAAGACCUGAGCCGCUUAGGAAGGGAUCUCAACAAGGUCAUCAUCAUUGACAACUCCCCGGCCUCCUACAUCUUCCAUCCAGACAAUGCAGUUCCUGUUGCGUCCUGGUUUGACGACAUGUCGGACACCGAGCUCCUCGAUCUUAUCCCCUUCUUUGAGAGACUGAGUAAAGUAGACGACAUCUAUGAUUUUCUCCAGCAGCAGAGGACUUCAAGUUAACAGAGGCGGGAUAGUGGGAUAAAAAAAAAAAAAAAAAAAGAUCACCAGCAGCUGUCAUCACGGGGCCACGGAGGCUGGUGGGCCAAAGGCUCCACGCUGCUUCCAACUACAAGGACCACACUGCAAAAAAAAUGCCUGUCAUUAAAUCUCAUAUUCUUCCUCUUUAUUGCACAAGAAGGUAAAAAUAAAUCAUUCGGAGGGGUUUUAUACUUUCACACUGGAAAGUCCAUCAGGAAGUUUUGUUAGUAUAACACUGAAUAUGAGAUUCAAUGACCUCUGUAGAUUUUCUUUUGCAGUGCAGCUAGUGUGUUGUUGUUGUUGUUGUCGUAAUGUGACAGCAGUGACCUAUAUAAGUGUGAUGUAAGCCUAGAUUGUGUGAACGGUCGUUCAACGCCAUUGUACAAAUGAACCACAUCAGUAAUUGUCAUGUCAGUAUCAUGUAGCAUUCGAAGCUCUAACACAGAUCAUAGAGUCAUCGAAUACUUCCCCUUAAAUAGCAUCGACUUCCUUCUGUUAGCCAAACACGGCUGAAUGUGUGUGUAGUCAAAGACAAUCAUUAACUCUAGAGAAAGUGUGUUGGUUGAAUAAUUCCUAUAACAUGUCGUGAUGCAUUUUAAUGAACAUUUUGGAUCUGCACUUAUUAUGCGUCUUUUGGUAAAGUUUUGUCUGCUGGGGUGGAAUCAGACUCCAGAAGCAUGACAGCUCUCGUCUUUCAGAUUGGAAACAAACUGGAAUAGUAAUCAUGGGAAGCCAUAUCCAGUUGUGGAUUUAUUGUAGUCUUUACUAACUACAUUUCAGAUAAUAGAUGAGAUCUAAUCACUAAACUCUGUCAUACUGGACUCUCUUUGUUUUUUUUUUAAAUGUGUUUUGACCCUUUUAUUUGUUGUCUUGUUUCCAGGUCAGUCACAACACAUCAUUAUCUUGUUUCUUUAAAAAAAUCAACCUCAUAUCUGCAAACUCCAACAAAACCUGAAUAAGAGAUGUAAGAAAUUCAGUCUAGAUCUUUGAGAGACUUCUUGUUUUAACUGAUUGCUCCUGAACUGAAUUUUAAUAUACACAGAUUUGCACAUGGAAAAAAAAAGGUUGUACUUGAUUUUUAAGUGUGUCCAAUCAUUUCAUUUUGGUUUUAUAUUAAUCUUUAUUUAAAGUUUUGAUCAGGAGGACGGAGUUGCGUCCAUUCAAACUCCAAGGGAAACCUUCAGUAUUUCUAAACCUUUUUUCUUUCUACAGAUUUUGGGUCUAAAUGACUUCAGUCAAUGAAUCAUUAUUUGUACAGCGCCAAUUCAUAACAAGUGUUAUCUUGAGACGCUUUACAAAAGAGCAUAUGGAUAAUAUGCAGGAAGGAUUUCUCAGUUGCGUUCCUGUUGUCCACACUUCCUUGCCGCUGAGUUGACACUCUGAGCAGGCCGUGCAGGAAUGAGGAACAAAAAGUAAAUUAUUGCUGCCGCCGGCCAUGGAGCAGGCUGCAAUGUUUUACUACUGAGAGGCUCAGAGUGUCUGAAUCAUUAUGGAAUAGAUUCAUACAAAAAAUAUAUAUAUUUUAAAUGAUUAAUUAAAGUAAGUUGCCCUUUUCAAAGCAGAAACUGCUUCUGCUUGGAAAGGGAUCAUAGGGGUCAUCUCUCACCUCUCUCUUUCCUGAAUAUUAUCCAUCUAUCUUACCCACAAGGCAAAAAUGGUCUCAAAUAAUCAUUACAAAUGAUCUCACUUUACCUAGGACAUGUAUCCUUAUUGCCUUUCUCAAUGCUGUCAGAUGCAUUUGAUAAUAUCUGGAGUUUGUCGGUGCCAAACACGAGCUGUUGUGGUGAAAGUACAGGCUGUCCUGUGGCUGCGUACUGAAGCAAUCUGCAACAGCAACGCCUCAACAUCUUUUUACCUUUUGAAUAUUUUAAAACACCUUUAUGAAAACAUAUUAUAUUAUCAUAUAUCGGCCUGGGAUUAAAAAUACUGGAGUUCCCCUUUAAACAUAUCUGAAAGCACACCUUGAUGAAUUCAAUCGUGACAGGUUUUUUCCUCGUUGGAUCCUUUGGUGGAGUCGGAUGUAACAUGCUUAUUAACCUGUUUAUCCAGUUUCAUGGGGGAGACUUGAAGCAGACAUCUUUUAGUGUGUCUCUCUGUAUGUGUGUGUGUGGGGGUUUCAGCGUGAUUGUACCUGUGUGAGUAAUGACAUUGUUUAAUAUUUUAAAAACAAGAUACGUGAAAACCAUAACCUGUCUUUAAAUAAUGAUUUAACUUUUCUUUUUUUUUACUGAAUGCAACACGAGUAUUAACAUUGUGAUUCGAGUUAAGAAACUGGUUCAAACGAGUGAGUUUUUAAAAUUGCUGCUGAUUAAUGAUACGAUUGAUUUAAAAAAAAAAAAAACUACACACAACUAGAGAUAUUUCUACCUUGUGUCAAUAAAGCAUGUUUUAUUGAAACAGA